UGGGCUGUACAUGAACAUGCUUGUCGGGAUUAGUAGUUAAAUAUCAUGGUUGAGUCUGGCGAUUAUGUUUAAUGCAAUAGUCAGUUGGAAUAAAUAUGUUCGCGUCGGUGGAUGAAAGAGUGAUCGGAUGCAUACGUGUGAGUGGGUAAACAAGCGAGUGAGUGGACUGUAAAGCAACAGGCACGAAAGUGAGUAGAUGGUACAGUGCGUGGUCGAAUAUGUAAUAAUUGAGAGGAUGAGUGAUUAAAAAGGUUGACAAAUCUGAGCAUUGUUCCAACCUCCCCAGGCCCUCCAACAUCAAACAGAAAUUUCUCCUUCCCAACACCAUGGACAGACAACUCAAGUGGGCUGAGAUCUUGGAGGAUUAUGAGGCCCGGGAGUCGUGGCGCCAGUCGACCACGUGGGGAGACAUUAUGGAUAAAGUGGACCCUUUCCCAGGACAAAGUUAUGAGAAUUGCUCCCCAAAGAGGAGCAUUGGGGAGUUGAAGCACUUCAGCGGAGUGAAGCGUCUCCAGGAGAAGCACCUUGUGAAGGAGAAAUGCACCAUGGAAAAGGAGCACCUCAUUGAGGUGCAGCGCCUUGCCAGGGUGAAGUGGCACACAGAGGAGAAGUGCCCCAGAGACAAUCUACUCAAGAACCGCCUCAUUGAAAAGCACCUCAUUGAAGUAAAGUGCUUCAGGGAUGAGAAGCGUCUUCACAAGGUGAAGUGUCUCGAGGAGAAGCAUCGGGAGGAGGAGAAGCGUCUUGCCAGGGUGAAGUACCUUGGAGAGGUGAAGCGUCUCCAGGAGGAGAAGUGUCUCAAGGAGGUGGAGCACAUCACUGAAGAGAAGCGCCUCAUUGAAGUGAAGCGCCUCGCCAGGGUGAAACACCUCACACAGCAGAAGUGCCUCAGAGACAAUCUCCUCAAUAAUGUGAAACGCCUGAUGGAAAAGCGCCUCAUUGAGGAGACCAGCUUCAUGGAGGAGAAACGCCUUCGUAAGGUGAAGCGUCUCAAGGAGAAGCAUCUGGAGGAGGAGGAAAAGCGUUUCACCAGGUAAAUUACCUCACCGAGGUAAAGCACUUUGCCAACACGAAGCGGGUCGAGGAGGAGAAGCGCCUCAUGGAGAAGACGCGCCUUGUUGAGGUGAAACUUCAAGAGGACGAGGAGCGCUUCAUGGUGGAAAAGCACGUC